AUGCUCACCAGGCUACCGGAAGAAUGCCUUUUAGAGAUAUUCAAAAACUUUGCGUGGCCUUCGGAAAGCAGUCAAAGACAAACGCGCGCAAACGCAAUGACACUUCGCUCGUGCACCUUGGUGAGUCGUCAGUGGUGUAGAAUCUCGAUACCUCUUCUUUGGGAGCAACCUUUCAAUUUUGUCAACGAGAAAAGACAUUAUGUUGAUCUCAUAAACACAUAUUUCGAGUGUUUGGAUGACGCGUUUAGGAGAUCGCUCGAGAAGUACAAGAUUCCUUACGAAGUGAGAAUAGAGAAGUUGUGUGAUUCAAGUGCAACAUUGAGGAGCAAGAGAUCGCAGACAGCUUUUGAUUAUAUUUCUUUUCUCAAAUCUCUUAAUAUAAUAAUGUUACAUGAGUCAAUUGUUCAUUGGACAUCAAACAUCAUUAAAAUCACCGAAUACCUUACGAAUACCACUCCCGAGCGCAUUUCACCGACCGAAGAGUUGACGAAAACUUUAAUUCCAAGUUACAUAAUCGAGGAAAAGCUAUUUCAAUUGUUCUUGGUCAGAUCAUCAAAGUUGGUCGAGCUUUCCUACAAUGAAUCCGAGCGCGUGAUUCUUAAUUAUAAAUUUUGCCCAAACAAUGAUUCAAAGCUGAUAACAUUCAAUGUUAAUCUGGAACCUAGAAAAGGGGGUUUGUUCUCUUUGUUUUCAAAUUUUUCCUUUAGGUCCAGUCCCUUUGGUGGAAUGGUUGGCGCCUUUUCAAAGAUGACGACAUUCCAGGCAAUGGGAAACACCAAUCCAUUGUUGCUGAAUAACUUGGCAAAAGUAUGCAAGUCUAUCAGAAACAUCACGAUAUAUAAACGAAUCUUUCGCCCGGAAGAAGAUAGAGCUUGGUCGGCUUUAAUAUUUUCUCAAGAUAAACUGAGGUAUCUCAAGAUAAGUGCCGCUAACUCGUUACUUCCUUCGUUGACUAAUGUCGCCUUGGAAAGAAAACUCGGCGACCUAGAAUAUUUGGAACUCGAUCCCAUGUGCUUUGUUCUCACUUCAUUAAGAGAUCCUUUUAUACAUCUGAAAACCCUCAGAAUCUCUAUGAAUUUAUUUCCGAACCCGGAAAAUCCAUCAUCCUGGCCAGACUCUAGAUUCGCGGAACGACCGUGUUUGAAUCGCUUCGAACCAAAGAUUCAAGAUUUUGUACCCCCAUAUUUUUCGUCACUUCAUACACUGGAACUUAAUCUCUAUAAUUUAAAGUAUUCUCACUUCUCGCCUCUGACGAAUUUGAUAAAAAAUACCAACGGUACGCUUAGAGUAAUCAAUAUUUUCGCGAUACCACAGGCUGAACCUGAGUCUGACGCCGAGGUCAGAUAUCUGGUAGAGUUCAACGAAAUGAUAGUGAUGACUUGUCCAAAUUUGAUCGAGUUUCAGGGUCCGCUUGCACAAGAUUGGAUUUUGAGAAUGUCGGAAUUCUUUAUGAGAUGUCCGAGCCUGGAAUUCCUUCUUGUUCGCUCUUAUAAGAGCUCCAAAUUAGAAAUUAACAUCAUCGAGAGGGACUUAUUCAACGAAGGAUUCGUAAAGAUGGGCCAAUUCGUUCCCAGGAAUUUGAAACACUUUAGUUUGCCAGUCAAUUAUGAGGUAGGUAUCCGUGAAUUAGAAAUAUUUUUGAUUUGGUGUGAGCGUCGGUCAGUCAAUGGUUUGAGUUUGGAUUUUGUUACGGGUAUGAAUAAUGUGAAGCGUCUCUUAAAUCGGUACGCUUCGAGAGGGGUGCUAAACCAAAGACAUUUAACUCGCUCAAAGUAG